AUAUGAGUGGUUUGAGUGUGGCAGCUGGUAAAAAAGUCCUCCUAAAUUCUGGGUAUCAGAUUCCCUUGAUUGGUUUAGGAACGUACCUUAUCACCGAUGCUAGAGAAGUUCACAAUGCCCUUGACUAUGCCUUUUCUUCGGGGUAUCGCCUGAUAGACACAGCAACAGUUUACAGGAAUGAGAAAGAAAUUGGAGAUGCUCUGAAAGUUCUCCUGCCCAAGCACAAUCUCUCCCGGGAGGACGUUUUUAUUGUGUCCAAGUUUAUCCCUGAAGCAAGGGACGAGGAUUUCGUGGUGAAGACCAUUGAGGCUUCUCUGAACAAACUACAGCUCGAUUACAUUGAUCUGUACUUGAUUCACUGGCCAGCUGCUAAGGGGAUUCCCAUGCAAAGUCCGGAACAUCCAAAGUACCGAGAUAUUGCAUGGAAGGGUCUCGUUAGUGCGCAAAAGAAGGGUAUUUUAAGGUCAAUUGGCGUCUCAAACUAUCUCGAGAAGCAUUUGAAGGAACUUCAGGAGAAUUCUCACGGGAUUCUUCCGGCUGCCAAUCAAGUCGAGUGGCAUCCUCACUAUCAUUCUCCCGACGACUUGCUGGACUACUGCCAGAAGCAGAACAUUUUCUUCCAGGCUUAUUCGUCGUUUGGCGGAGGGAAGGGAGCCCUGACCUUGGAUCCAAUUGUCCAGUCAAUUGCCAAGAAGUUGGGGAAAACUAGCUCGCAGGUGCUUCUUCGCUGGGCAACUCAGCAGAACAUUGGAGUAAUUCCCAAAGCUCGUUCUCAGCAGCAUAUCCAAGAUAACAUCGCGCUGGACUUUAUCAUUCCUGAAGAGGACAUGAAGGCUUUGAGUAACAUGGAAUAUCGUGAGAAAUAUUCCUGGGAUCCAACUACAAUCGUCUAAAAAGAAUCAUCUGCAAUUUUCUAAUAGCUUUAAGGAGUUUCUGGGGAGGUUUAGUUUCAGGGCACAAUGAUAGCGAAUAAAGUGACAAGGAUGUGUGCGGAGUUCUUCGAGAAGAAUCUUCCGAAGAGUGGGAAGCCGGUAAGUGAGCGCGAAUGGACAGUUUUAUGUGGGAUUGUGAGGGAAUUGGAGGGAAAGAUGGAAGUUGUGGCAAUGGGAACAGGGACAAAGUGUAUAGGGGCUGAUCAGAUGAGUGAAUCCGGGGACAUUGUCAAUGAUAGUCAUGCGGAGAUUGUGACAAGGAGGGCUUUUUUGAGGUAUUUAAUGGAACAGAUGGUGUUUGCGCGGGAAGGGGAACAGAGUAUCUUUGAAUUUGGGAAGGAAUCUGGGAAGUUUUCCUUGAGGAAAGGAUGUAGGUUUCACUUCUUCACGACGCAUUCCCCAUGUGGCGAUGCUAGUAUUUUUCCGUUGAGCUUGGGUAAGGAGGAGGAGGAUUCUGAGCCAGUGGCGAAGAAGUUGAAGGUUUCCCAGGAAAACUUCACAGGGGGCAAAUUGAUUGGGAGUCUGGUGGAUGAUCCUAUGGAUCAGGCAGUGGGAUGUGUAAGAACGAAGCCUGGUCGAGGUGUUGCAACACUUUCGGCUUCGUGCAGUGAUAAAAUGGCAAGAUGGUGUGCAUUGGGUGUUCAGGGUGGCUUACUGAUGAAUAUCCUGACCUCGCCCAUUUAUUUCUCCACGCUCAUUUAUCCCCAAGACGCGAUUUAUGACAGAGAAGCCACCGAACGUGCACUCUGGGGUCGUUUUACAAAUCAUCAAGAUAUCCCUUCGGACACCUUCAAGCUCCAUUGUCCGGAAGUGCACGUGGCAACGGAAAAGACAGGGUUUUCCUUUACAAGACACCCCCUGCAUGAGCAGUGUCAACCAUGUCCGGCCAGUGUGGUGUGGUGUCGUGUCCGGCACCGUCCGCAUGAGGUGGCUGUGGCAGGAAAGCGUCAAGGUGUCACGAAGAAGAAGCUAAAAACACCCGCUGCGAGGCUAUUAAUUGCCAAGAGGUCCCUAUUUGAGCACUACAUGUCUACAUUUGCACAUCCCAUUGCCACGGUUCAGGAUUUAUUGUACCAAGAGGCGAAAGAUAAGGAGUACAGGGCAGUGGGACAAUGGCUAAAGGAACAGUAUUUCCGUGUUUGGCCUAGAAAGGGUGAGAAUUACCUCAAAUUCACCUGCAAAGAUUAAUUUUUCAAAUGGCUCUAAGACUAUUCAACGUGUGGCUAGAACAGGAGCAACACUCCUGCUAAAUUUGUGGCUGAAGAAAAUGAAAUAAAUUUGCCUCAAAGUGCUCUGAAUGUACCUCAGAAAUUUCUCAAGUGUUGUUGCUUUACUUUUUGUGGUUGUUUGGGUAGAGAAAUGAGAUUAAAAAUGUAUAAAAAUGCAUAAUAAAAAUGCAUAAUAAAACUGUUUGAGCACUUACAAAAA